CUUUGGCACGGUUGACAUUACGUAAAAUUGCACAUGUUGUUUUGUUUUGGUUCUCCACAGCAUCACAGGGCUACGGUAGUUUAAACAGGAUUUGGUAAUUAGUAACAUGGUUUUUACCUCGAUCGUUAACUUGGUGCGUUCUCGAGGGCCGGAUGAGUUCUGGCGAAAGCGUAGAAUUUUCAAACUAGCCGCACACUUUAUUGGCCGUCGGCGUAACUGUUAUUCUAUCGCAAUUCGCAAUGUAAACAGAGCUUUAGCCUACGCCACUAAAGGUCGUGAGUUAAAAAAGCAAGACAUGCGAGAACUAUGGACACAGCGAGUUAAUGCCGGCUGCGAACAACAUGGUAUGCAAAUUGCGGAUUUUCAGUACGGCCUGUACCAAAAUGAUGUCUUGCUGAACCGAAAAGUAUUAGCAGAUUUAGCAAUUUGGGAGCCGAGAACGUUUGAAGCACUUGCUAAAAUCAGUCAGCAGCUUCCCAAGAAAGCUUAAAGUUCACAAGCAAUGCCCUCACAUAGAAGUCCUGCUAGCCUUUUUAUUUUAUUUCUAUUACUGAGAGCGGAGACAAAUAGAUUAUACGUUGAAUUCUAGCCCAUUUAAUAAAAUUGUUCAAAAUUACAAA